GCAUCCUUUUUCAAUUACUUCGGCUCCUGGAGACGAUUACUUGAGCGUCCAUAUUCGCACAUUGGGUGAUUGGACUUCACAGCUCAAAUCCAUUUUCUCCAAGGUAUGUCAGCCUCCGUCCUCUAAUCAAAGCGGCCUUUUAAGAGCUGAUAUUGGACCGGCCAAUGACAGACCUAGAAUGCCAAGACUCUUAAUCGAUGGACCAUACGGUGCACCAGCACAAGACUACAAACAAUACGAGGUUAUCCUCCUAGUAGGCCUCGGAAUCGGCGCCACCCCUCUGAUUAGCAUUCUAAAAGAUGUGCUCAACAACAUCAAGCAACACAAGGAAAUGGGGGAUGAGAUGGAAGAUAGUGGCCCUAAGAACAGCUACAAGAGAAAGCCUUUCGCCACCAAACGAGCUUACUUCUAUUGGGUCACUCGCGAGCAAGGCUCGUUCCAGUGGUUUAGGGGUGUUAUGAACGAGGUGGCGGAGAAUGAUCGAGAUAGUGUGAUUGAGCUCCACAAUUACUGCACAAGCGUUUAUGAAGAAGGAGAUGCUCGUUCGGCUUUGAUCACUAUGCUUCAAUCCCUUAAUCAUGCUAAGAAUGGGGUUGAUAUAGUCUCAGGGACAAGAGUCAAAACACAUUUUGCCAGACCAAAUUGGCGCAAUGUUUUUAAGCACGUAGCAGUCAAGCACACUGAUAAACGAGUCGGAGUGUUUUAUUGUGGUGCGCAUGGAUUAGUUGGGGAGUUAAAAAGGCUGUCUCAAGACUUUUCCCGGAAAACAAGCACCAAGUUUGAUUUCCAUAAAGAGAACUUCUAAGCUUAAGCUCCUGUUUUUCUGUAAAAUCAAUUGCAUUAUACAUAUGGCUUUAUGUGAUUUGAAGGUAUAGAUGAAAUGUGUAGGUAAUAUUCUUAGAAUUAUUAUUCUCUAAUAGUAGAGUGCAAAGAUAGACUUUAGACAAAGCGUCAAGAUGAUUCCAAUUUAAUGGAUCAUUUAUUGGUUAGCUGAUAGAUAGAAUAUGUAAAAGGGAAAUGAAAGGCAUCAUUCAAAAUUGGCCAUAAAAAUUUCCUUAAAAA